GCAGCUUAAUUAACCUUCACCCACCUCUUUCUUCUCCCCAUUAAGAGGGAAAGAGAUAAGAGGAAAGGAAGAGAAAAGUCCUUUUCUCUCUUCUUCCCAGUCAUUUUCUGUGUUUCAUUUACAUGUUUGUGUGGGUGUUUGGUAAUAGCAAGAUCAAGAAAAUACUCAGAUUUCUUUUGUUUUUGCUAGCUAAAAUGGUUUGCUAGCUAGUUUUCAUUUCCUUUCCUUUCCUCUUUCCUCCUGUGUUUUCCCUUCUCUCUAGGCACUGAAUAAGAGAGAACAUGGCCUUUGCUAAUUCAACAAAGAGAAGGGUUUCUUGUUCUCUUAUUCCUCUUCCUCUUUCUCUUCCUCUUCCUCUUCCUCUUCUCCUCUUUCUAGCUUCCCUUUUCGUCGACAAGUUUAUGCAUGCCUCAGCCCUGAAUUACACCUAUAAACAAGUUAGCAGCUUGAGACUUGAAAGAAUCCAAAGGCAUUUGGACAAGAUCAACAAGCCUCCUGUUUUAACUAUAGAGAGCCCAGAUGGAGAUAUAAUAGAUUGUGUCCAUAAAAGAAAGCAACCAGCUUUAGAUCACCCCCUUUUGAAGAAUCACGAGAUCCAGAAAGUUCCUCCAGAAUUUCCCAAGAUCAAGGUUUUAAGAAAAAAUGAGGGGAGAUAUUCAAAUGACCAAGGCGUAGAAGGUUCGUGGCAAAUGUGGCAUAGGAAUGGGACAAGAUGCCCUAAGGGCACGGUUCCUAUACGGCGAAGCACUGUGCAUGAUGUCUUGAGAGCCAAGUCUUUGUUUGAUUUUGGCCGGAAACGGCCCAUAGUCUCUCUCGCCCGACGCUCCGAUGCACCAGAUGUCGUCAGUGGCAACGGCCACGAACAUGCAAUUGCGUACACGAAAACAUCGCAAGAAGUGUAUGGGGCCAAGGCGACAAUAAACGUGUGGGACCCAUCGAUCCAAAUGGUCAGCGAGUUCAGCCUCUCCCAGAUUUGGAUUCUUUCGGGAUCAUUCGACGGCUCAGAUCUCAAUAGCAUCGAAGCUGGGUGGCAGGUCAGUCCGGAGCUCUAUGGGGACAGCAGGCCUAGGCUGUUUACGUACUGGACUACGGAUUCAUAUCAAGCUACAGGAUGCUACAAUCUUCUCUGUUCAGGAUUUGUGCAAACAAACAAUAGAAUUGCCAUUGGAGCUGCCAUUUCUCCUGUUUCUACAUAUAAUGGAAACCAAUACGACAUAACCAUCCUCGUUUGGAAGGAUCCGAAGCUGGGAAAUUGGUGGAUGGGAUUUGGAGACAAUACACUCGUAGGGUACUGGCCAGCAGAGUUGUUCACGCACCUAGCAGACCAUGCCACCAUGGUUGAGUGGGGCGGCGAGGUGGUUAACUCCAGGGCCAACGGCAAGCACACGUCAACGCAGAUGGGCUCUGGCCACUUUGCUGAAGAUGGGUUUGGAAAAGCAAGCUAUUUCCGGAACCUGGAAAUCGUGGAUGCUGAUAACAGCUUGAGCUCUAUCCAUGACAUAUCAACACUGGCUGAGAACACAAAUUGUUAUAACAUCCAGAGCUCCUACAACAAUGAAUGGGGCACGUAUUUCUACUAUGGAGGGCCUGGGAAUAAUCCGAGGUGCCAAUGACUGCUUUCACAUGAUUGAUUUUCAUCAUUAUUGCAACUUGCAACAUCAAGUAAAAAUUUAGCUCUUAGUGUCAAAUUCUUUAAUUCUGUAUUAUAGAAUCAUGCUAUUUCCUCUCUUGUUUCUGCUAGUUUUCUGCAAUUUUUGUUGGUCUUAAAAUGUCAAGAAGCAAUGUGUAUUAUUAGUUCAAUAAGAACAACGACAAAUUGCAAAAACAGGCAUGGAAAUAGCAUUAUUUUCUAAGGAAGUUAUUAUAUGCAAUGUGUUCUUGUUAUUGAUCAAUGGAUUACACAUUUCAAAAAUAGU